AUACAACACUAUUUUCAUAUAGCAAAGCUAUAGUUUCAUGCAGUUUCCCAUGAACAGAGUCAUACAGUCAUACAUAAUAAACACUGUAUUCGUAUGUAUUAGCAGUGAGUCUGUUGUUCGGACUAAUUCUCACACAAACUCGCAUUCAAUUGAAAGCAAACUGUUAUUCAUUACACCAAUCAAUACAUCAUUUCAAUUAAACCACACUUUGAUUGACACGUUGUGUUCAACCGAUCCAUACUCCAGACGAGCGACGAGUCCAACCGUAUAUAUAUUGACGUUGUUUUGCACACCAUUCAGUUAAUUGCCGAAGGAUUUGAUUGGACGCAGAGAUUGCUUAUAAGACUCAUUGCAAAGAGUGAAGACAUCAGCAGAUCCAGUGAUUGUGAUCAUCAGCGAUGGCAACGGACAUGAAGUUCGGUCCCGAAUGGCUUAAAGCGUUGUCAGGGGGCGGACCCAACGCGCCGGCCACCAGUCCCCCCACAUCAGGCGCUCCGCCGAAGUACAAGCUAUCGGAGUAUCGAUACGGAAGGGAAGAGAUGCUGGCGCUCUUCAACCAUAACCUCAAACCUCCCGAG